AUGACCAAGACCACGACCACCAAUAGCCUUAGUACGCAGCAGGCCCCCGAGAAAGUUCAAACGAAACACAAUUCUCAUUCAAUCAACGCUGAUAUUCCACCAAGGCGGAGGCCCGAGACAGCUCCUAAUGGAGACAAGAAAUCAUCUCCAUCGAAAUCCCAACGUGGACGAAACUCAUCUACUUCUAGUAGUGAGAGAUCCUCUCGCUCAAAGUCACGGCGGGGAAGAAACCCAUCCACGGCGAGUAGCCAGAGGUCAUCCCUUUCAAAGUCUCAUCGAGAAAGACAUACAUCUACUGCCAGUAGUGAGCGAACAAGCUCAUCGAAAACUCUGUACUCAGCAAAGCCAAAGUCGUCACGCGGUAGAAAGGAUAUCGAGAUAGAUCCUGCCAUAACGAAGAAGGCAAUCUCGGAAUCUGUUUCGUCUGGAUCCUCUACCUUGGUUGAAUCAGAGGAAGAAGGCAUUUCUACGAAAAAUCCUUCAUCAGAGACACUUCUUGAUGUGUCCCAGACUUCUCCUUCUCCUACGCCCUCACUACGUCGCUCCCGACGUAAGCUCGAAGGAAAAUACACCAUCUCGGAUGGAAGAGCGGAGGAUGCAAUAACUGUGACUAUCACACCCAGCGUUGCUAUGCACGAUCGAAGAAUAGAGAAUCCAAGAAUGGAGGAUCUAAGCAUAGAGAGUCCACGAACAAGGAGUCCACGAACAGGGAGUCCACGAACAAGGAGUCUACGAACAGAGUGUCUACGAACAGAGAGUCCACGAACAGAGAGUCCACUAACAGAGAGUCCACUAACAGAGAGUCCACGAACAGGGAGUCCACGAACAGGGAGUCCAAAAGCAGAGAAUUUAAGAACAGAGAGUCCAAAAACAGAGAAUUCGACAACUGUGGCUAUCACAACUAGUACUGCUAUACGUAGUUCACCGCCCGAACGAAGGCGUCACAAGCCUACCACUCGGAGUACCCCAACGGGAGCUUUUGAUCCAGUAGCGAAAAUGUCACAGGAACCCGUAGCUAAAGUGAAUGCUCCCGCACGGCGCCAACAUCGCACCACCGGGGCUCAAGCUUCUGCCCAAGGGGAACCCUUUAACCCACUACUUGGGAUGUCGUUCAACGAUCCUUCUGUUACCGAAACUGCCGUAGCAGACCCAGCAGCCACAUGUACAGAUACUGAUUCUUCGACUUCAUCAACCCGUCGCCUGAAACUGGUAAAUGGCCCACGAUCCCCGGAGGAAUUCCAACAAGACAUAUCAAGCUUUGUUCAAGCCAUGAAAUUUAACACAUUUUACUCGGAAGACGACCCCUACGUGCAGAAGGUGUCUGACAAAGCGGCAGAACUUGUUAGGAGGAAGGCUACGAUAACGUCUGAUGAUGAGAAGACUUGUAUACCUGAUGAUAUAGCCGGAAUGGCAAAGGUGGCUCUUUACGACGUCGUUUUUCUCUGUGACGAUAGCGUCUCGAUGCAGCAAGACAGACGAGCACCGGCCUUGCAAGAGAUGGUUAGACGUAUUGCCAAGAUCACCGGAUUGUUUGAGACAGAAGGAAUCAAAGUGAGAUGCAUCAACUCGACGCAAGACGGCGAAUUCAACAACAUCAGAACUCUAGAGGACGUCGAGGCGGUCAUGUCCAAGAUAAGGUUCAAUGGCACACACACCAGAAUUGGAACUAGGCUGUGGGAUAAAAUAUUGAAGCCAUUGGUAUUUGACAAGAUCGACUCAAAUAGUCUCACACGACCAUUAAUAGUUUCAAUAAUAACGGAUGGCCAGCCUUCAGGAGAAGAACAAGAUGCCUUCAGAAAUACGAUUGCGCAAUGUCGAAGAGAAUUAAUGAGGCGUAGAUAUGACCCUUCCCUUGUCGUAUUUCAAGUCAAUCAAGUCGGGAAUGAUACCCAAGCGACAAAAUUCAUUCAUGGCCUUCUACGAUUUCGGAAUGUCUAUUGCACCUCAGAACUCCUUGAUGUGAAAAUGGAGAGUUUGAAAGGAAAUAACCUUCAACUUGAGAACUGGCUCGUUACGAGAUUGACUCAAGGAAUUUCCCCAACACCGGAUUCGGACGAAUAG